ACUUUUGGACCGCACAUUAUCACGUCGUUACCGCAGAUGACCACAAGGUGACGCCAUAAACCCACAAUUGUCUGACCCGACAGCUAUUUUUACCCGAACCCACCAAGGAUCAGGUUCGGCCACUGGUCGUCCUCUCUCCCCACCGGUCUCGCCAUGUUGGGGUAUAUCUGUCGUCCCACAUUCCCUCCUUUAUCCCAAAAUUAAAAGUAUCUGGGCGACGGAGUCAGCUGUGACAGUGUCACCAUGUCGAGUGUCUCCUACAUCUCCAACCUGCUGGAGAAGAUGACUUCCACUGACAAAGACUUCAGGUUUAUGGCCACGAAUGACCUGAUGCUGGAACUGCAGAGAGACAGCAUCAAACUGGAUGAGGACAGCGAGAGGAAAGUGGUGUGCAUGCUGCUCAGACUGUUGGAGGACAAGAACGGAGAGGUGCAGAACCUGGCUGUAAAAUGCCUGGCACCUCUGGUGAGCAAGGUGAAGGAGCCACAGGUGGAGGCGAUGGUGGACAUCCUGUGUGCCAACAUGGCGUCAGACAAGGAGCAGCUGAGAGACAUUUCCAGUAUGGGACUGAAGGCUGUGAUUGCUGAGCUGCCGCUGUCUUCCUCAGCAGGUGUGAAUCUGACCAUCAGUGUGUGUAGGAAGAUCACCUCCCAGCUGAUUGGAGCACUGGGGAAACAGGAGGAUGUGUCUUUUCAGUUAGAGGCCCUGGACAUCCUGUCAGACAUGUUAGGAAGGCUGAGCGGCGCUCUGGUCAGUUUCCACAGCUCUUUGCUCUCCAGUCUGCUGCCUCAGCUAACUAGUCCCAGAAUGGCUGUCAGGAAACGCUCCAUCUUGGCUCUAGGUCACCUGGUUCCCUGCUGUAGCCUCGCCCUCUUCUCCCAGCUGACUGAGCACCUGUUGACUGAGCUGGCCAAGAACCCCCCCACAUCAGUGACGAGGACGUACAUCCAGUGCUUAGCCACCGUCAGUUGGCAGGGCGGACAUCGAGUUGGUGAACAUUUAGAGAAACUGAUCCCCUUGGUGGUGAAGUUUACCAGCACCGAGGACGAUGAGCUGAGAGAGUUUUGUUUUCAGGCCUUUGAAGCUUUUAUACGAAGGUGUCCAAAGGAGAUGGCCCCUCACGUUGCCACUGUGACUCAGCUCUGUCUGAAGUUCAUGACCUUUGACCCUAACUACAACUAUGAUGACGGCGAGGAGGAUGGAGAUGAUAGGAUGGAUGUAGAAGAAGGAUUUGAAGAAUCAGAUGAUGAGUACAGUGAUGAUGAUGAUAUGAGCUGGAAGGUUCGCCGCUCUGCAGUCAAGUGUCUGGAGGCUCUGAUCAGCACCCGCCGGGACCUCCUCCUCUCCUACUCCAUCUGCCCCGCCCUGCUGGCUCGUUUCAAGGAGCGUGAGGAGAACGUGAGGGCCGACGUGUUUGCUGCUUUUUCAACGCUGUUGAGGCAAACACGAGUUGGUUCGAGUCACCAUAGCAUCAUCCACGCUGGUUCAGACUCAGGAGCCAAGCAACAAGAAGAAGAGCCGGUAGUGGCUCUGCUCAAGAACCAGGUUCCUGUGAUUGUGAAGGUUCUCCACAGGCAGUUAAAGGAGAGGAGUUUUAAAUCCAGACAGGGCUGCUUCUGUCUUCUAACAGAGCUGGUUCACACUGCACCCGGAGCACUGGAGCAGCACAUACCUGCUCUGAUACCUGGCAUCAUCUUCUCCCUGACAGAUAAGUCCACCUCCUCCACCAUGAGGAUCGAUGCUCUCUCCUUCUUUAACGUCCUCCUCCUCUCACACCCUCCACAAACCUUUCAGCCACACAUGCAGGUUCUGCUCCCUGCUGUCCUGGCGUGUGUGGAGGACAGCUUUUAUAAGAUCACAUCUGAGGCCCUGCUGGUCACUCAGCAGCUGAUCAAACUGAUGAGACCUCAGGAACCGACAGCCGUGUCUGCAGCGUUCGACCCAAAACCGUAUGUCAAAGAGGUGUUUUCGGUAACGCUGAAGAGGCUCAAAGCAGCAGACAUCGACCAGGAAGUGAAGGAAAGGGCCAUUUCCUGUAUGGGUCACCUGGUGUGUCACCUUGGAGACCACCUGGAAUCGGAGCUUCAGGGAGUCCUGGCCAUCUUUCUGGAGAGAUUAAAAAACGAGAUAACAAGGCUAACUGCUGUUAGAACCAUCACCCUCAUUUCCGCCUCCCCGUUAAAGGUUGACCUGUCCCCCAUCCUGCCAGAGGCUUUGUCUCUGUUGGGCUCCUUCCUGAGGAAGAACCAGCGGGCUCUGAAGCUCGCCACACUGGCGUGUCUGACGGCCAUCGUCACCCAUCACUCUGCCAGCAUCAAACCGGCAGCUCUGGAGCCCGUCCUGAAUGAGAUUUCCCCUCUGGUGGAUGAGAGUGACAUGCACGUAUCACAGGUGUCCAUAACCUUGCUGACAUGUAUGGCCAAAGCCUGCCCCUCCUCUCUGGCUAAGAUCUGCUCAUCUGUGCUGCCAGGAGUCUUCAGACUCAUCCACUCGCCGCUGCUGGAGGGCGGUGCGUUAGCGGCCAUCCUGGACUUCCUUCAGGCUCUGGUUCUCUCCAAAGCCACUAACCUGAGCUUCAGUCAGUUGCUGAAGUCACUUGUGGAGCCGUUUCAAAGCUCCAAGUCGCCUGCAGGCAGCAGCGUCCUGCACAGACAGUCCUACCACUCUGUCGCUCGCUGUGUUGCAGCUUUGUCCUCAGCCUCCCCCGAAGAUGCACCUGGAACCGUGUCUGGACUCAUACAGCAGGUGAAGGAUUCUGGAUCUCCUGAGUCAGAUCGUGUUCUGGCUCUUUUGUGUUUGGGGGAAGUGGGGAGGAGCAGCAGUCUGGGAAGGAGUAAGGAGUUGCAGGGGGUCAUCCUGGAAGCCUUCUCCUCCACUAGCGAGGAGAUAAAAACAGCAGCUUCCUGUGCUUUAGGCGGCAUGGCGGUCAGCAGUCUGAAUGAAUACCUGCCCUUCAUCCUGAAAGAGGUCUCAGCUCAGCCACGAAAACAAUACCUGCUUCUGCACUCCCUCAAAGAAGUCAUCAGCGCCUGCUCAGCCUCUAGUCUCUCGCCCCAUCUCGAGUCCAUCUGGACUUUACUGUUUCAGCACUGUGAGUGUCAGGAGGAGGGGACCAGGAACCUGGUGGCUGAAUGUUUGGGGAAACUGACUUUAGCCAAUCCGGCUCAACUUCUGCCCAGACUACGACAGCAACUUAAAACAGGUUCUCCUCUGGCUCGCAGCACAGUGGUGACGGCCGUUAAAUUCACUAUUGUCGACCAUCCAGCUCCCAUAGAUUCACUGCUGAAAGACUGCAUUGGCGACUUCCUGAAAACCCUGCAGGACGACGACAUCGAUGUGCGCCGUGUGGCUUUGGUGAUGUUCAACUCCGCAGCGCAUAACAAACCAGCUCUGAUCCGAGGACUCCUGGGAACGGUUCUGCCUCAGCUUUAUAAGGAAACCCGGAUCAGGAAGGAUCUCAUCAGAGAGGUGGAGAUGGGGCCGUUCAAACACAGCGUGGACGAUGGUUUAGAUGUCCGUAAAGCUGCGUUCGAGUGCAUGUACACGCUGCUGGAGAGCUGCCUGGAGGGGCUGGACGUCCUGCAGUUUCUAGAUCAUGUAGAGGAAGGACUGAAGGACCACUAUGACAUCAGGAUGCUGACAUUCCUGAUGUUGGCCAGACUCGCCUCUCUGUCUCCUGCUGCUGUUCUCCAGAGACUGGACCGUCUGGUGGAGCCUCUCAAAGCCACCUGCACCGCAAAAGUGAAGGCCGGCUCUGUGAAGCAGGAGUUUGAGAAGCAGGACGAACUGCGUCGCUCAGCCAUGCGCGCUGUCGCCGCCCUGCUGGCGGUGCCGGAGGUGGAGCGAAGCCCCAGCAUGGCUGACUUUGCCAACCAGAUCAGAUCCAACGCUGACAUGGCGUCCAUCUACCAGAGCGUCCAGGGAGUGGAGGGAGGGGGGGUAGGACCCUCGGAGAGCAUGGACAAGAGCUAGACAGCAGCUGACAGGAUUACAGCAUUUUAUUUUAAUGAUGCCUUUAGAAACCACGGAUUAAACGGUUCUGUUUAAAAUCAGAUUAUUUAAACGUCAGCUACUUGAAAUGAACCUAAAUGGAUUUUAUUACAGAAACAAAACUGAUUAAACAGAUUUUAAAGAUUCUUAUUCCCUUUGUUUUCUCCACAUUAUAACAAUUAUCUGUGUAAACAGCCUCGUGGACUCAUCAGACUGAUGUUACAGCAGAGCUUGUGGGGUGAGGAGAGUCCCAACCCGACCUCCCCACCUAGUGGACACUGAUGUUGUGUAAUGUCUAAAGUCUGUGUGCAUUUCUGUCUGAGGUGUUUUUUUGCAUAGCAAAGCUGCCCUCUCUGUGGAGGGUAACUCUGAAGUGCCUUUUUCCCCCUCCCCCCGACUCUAUCCUCAUAUAAACCCUCUAGAUCAUUACGGUAGCGCGACUCGGGUUGCGAAUGACCACAGUCACCAAUUCUUGUCGUGUCUAUGUACUGUAUGCAUGUCUGAUCUCUGAAUUGUGUGUAUUGAAACUCUUAAUUUCCCUCUGGGAUUAAUAAAGUAUCUUUGAAUUGUAUUAAACCGCCUUGUGGACUCUUCAGACUGAUGUUACAGCAGAGCGUCUGAGGUGUAAAAUUAAACUCCAUCUUGAUUUACAGAAACAAAGAUGUGAAUAAGACUUCAGAGCUGGAGCAAAACCACAGGCACCAUUUUUUUAUUCAGGAAGGAAACACUGCAGAUCAGAACCUUUUAUUAGCAGCACUAAAGAACAUUUUACGUCAUCUUAAAUGAGUCAAAAGUCUCCGUUAGACUCACUGUUUCUGCCAAAACAUCAGGAUUGCUUUAUAAAGGUUAGUCUGAUUUUCUAUCUGAAUUUUAAUGAUAAUAGAAUUAUUAAAGACGUGUGCAACAAACAAAAUAAAACAUGUAAAUAUGUUUAUGAAGAA